AUGCUCCGAGCAAGUCCAGAGGCACUAGUGCUCCUGGGAGCUCUGCUGACGGGACUCCUGGAUCCAGCCAGCGGCCAGGACGCACCCUCACUGCCCUGGGAAGUGCAGCGCUUUGAUGGUUGGUUCAACAAUCUGAGGCACCACCAGCGUGGUGCUGCUGGGUCUAGGCUGCAGCGUCUAGUACCUGCCAAUUACGCUGACGGGGUAUAUCAGGCUCUGGAGGAGCCGCUGUUGCCCAACCCGCGCAGGCUAAGCAACGCAGCAACACAGGGCAGAGCCGGCCUGGCAUCGCUCCGCAACCGCACAGUGCUGGGGGUAUUCUUUGGUUACCACGUGCUGUCAGACCUGGUGAGUGUGGAAAUGCCCGGCUGUCCCGCUGAAUUCCUCAAUAUCCACAUCCCGCCCGGAGACCCCGUGUUCGAUCCAGACCAGCGGGGGAACGUGGUGCUACCCUUCCAGAGGAGCCGCUGGGACCCGGAGACCGGGCGUAGCCCCAGCAAUCCCCGGGACCUGACCAACCAGGUGACCGGCUGGCUGGACGGCAGCGCCAUCUAUGGCUCCUCUCAUUCCUGGAGCGAUGCUCUGAGGAGCUUCUCUGGAGGACAGCUGGCGUCAGGGCCCGACCCCGCCUUCCCCCGGGACUCGCAGGACCCGCUGCUCAUGUGGACGGCGCCCGACCCCGCUACCGGGCAGCGCGGAUCCCAGGGAUUGUACGCCUUCGGAGCCCAGCGAGGAAACCGGGAGCCCUUCCUGCAGGCUCUGGGCCUGCUCUGGUUCCGCUACCACAAUUUGUGCGCGCAGAGGCUGGCCCAGGAGCACCCGCACUGGGGAGACGAGGAGCUGUUCCAGCACGCACGCAAGAAGGUCAUCGCCACCUACCAGAAUAUCGCUCUGUAUGAGUGGCUGCCCAGUUUCCUGCAGCAAACGCCCCCGGAGUAUGCAGGAUACCGUCCUUUCACGGACCCCAGCAUCUCCCCUGAGUUCGUUGUGGCCUCUGAGCAGUUCUUCUCCACCAUGGUGCCCCCUGGUGUCUACAUGAGAAAUUCCAGUUGUCAUUUUCGGAAGGUCGUGAACAAUGGUUUUGGCAGUUCUCCAGCUCUCAGGGUCUGCAACAGCUAUUGGACUCGUGAGAACCCCAAUCUGAACAGCGUCCAGGAGGUGAAUCAGCUGCUGCUGGGAAUGGCGUCCCAGAUUUCAGAACUGGAGGACAGGAUAGUAAUUGAAGACCUGAGGGAUUAUUGGCCUGGCCCUGGCAAAUUCUCCCGCACGGAUUAUGUGGCCAGCAGCAUCCAACGUGGCCGAGACAUGGGGCUACCCAGCUAUACUCAGGCCCUGUUAGCCUUGGGAUUGGAGGCCCCAAAGAAUUGGAGUGGCCUCAAUCCCAAUGUGGACCCUAAGGUGUUGCAGGCCACAGCUGCCCUAUACAACCAGGACCUGUCUCGGCUAGAGCUACUCCUGGGUGGGCUCCUAGAGAGUUAUGGGGACCCUGGACCUCUGUUCAGUAACAUCGUUCUCAGCCAGUUCGUGCGGCUACGGGAUGGCGACCGUUAUUGGUUUGAGAACACUAGGAAUGGGUUGUUCACCAAGGAAGAGAUUGCAGGCAUCAGAAACACCACCCUGAGGGAUGUGCUGGUAGCCGUCACCAACGUGGACCCCAGUGUCCUACAGCCCAAUGUCUUUGUCUGGCAUAAUGGCUCACCUUGCCCGCAGCCCCAGCAGCUCACAACCAAGGGCCUGCCCCGCUGUGCACCCCUUACCGUGCUUGACUACUUCAAGGGCAGUGGUCCUGGUUAUGGCCUCAUCAUUGUGGCUCUCUGCUGCUUUCCAUUAGUGAGUUUGGUUAUCUCUGGGAUGGUGGCUCAUUUGCGGAACCAAGAGCGCAAGAAACUACAAAAGAAAGGCAAAGAGAGUGUGGAGAUAGAAGCAGUCAAAGAUGGAGUGACAGCAAUGGAGUGGCCAGGCCCCAAGGAGAAGAGCUGUCCCAUCACCAUCCAGCUGCUUCCAGACAGGUGCCUACAGGUCCUUGACAGACGUCUCACUGUGCUCCGCACCAUCCAGCUGCAGCCCUUGCAGCAAGUCAACCUCAUCCUGUCCAGCAACCGUGGGUGCCGCACUCUGCUGCUCAAGAUCCCCAAGGAGUAUGACCUGGUGCUGCUAUUUACCAGUGAAGAGGAGCGGGGUGUCUUUGUGCAGCAACUGCAAGGCCUCUGUAUGUUCUGGGCUCUGGACCUCCACGUGGCUGAGAUGGGAGAGAGUGAGCUGUUCAGGAAGGCUGUGACCAAGCAGCAGCGUGGGCGUAUCCUGGAGAUCUUCUUCAGACACCUUUUUGCUCAGGUGCUGGACAUCAACCAGGCAGAUGCAGGGACCCUGCCCCUGGACUCAUCCCAGAAGGUGCGGCAGGCCCUGACCUGUGAGCUGAGCAGGGCUGAGUUUGCCGAGUCCCUGGGCCUCAAGCCCCAGGACAUGUUUGUGGAGUCCAUGUUCUCUCUGGCUGACAAGGAUGGUAAUGGCUACCUGUCCUUCCGGGAGUUCCUGGACAUCCUGGUGGUCUUCAUGAAAGGCUCCCCGGAAGAUAAAUCCCGCCUGAUGUUCACCAUGUAUGAUCUGGAUGGGAAUGGCUUCCUCUCCAAGGAUGAAUUCUUCACCAUGAUGCGGUCCUUCAUUGAGAUCUCCAACAACUGCCUGUCCAAGGCACAGCUGGCUGAGGUGGUGGAGUCCAUGUUUCGAGAGUCUGGCUUCCAGGACAAGGAGGAGCUAACAUGGGAAGACUUUCACUUCAUGCUUCGGGACCAUGACAAUGAGCUUCGCUUCACACAGCUCUGUGUCAAAGGUAGAGGUGGAGGUGUUGGAGAUAUCUUUAAACAAAACAUCAACUGUCGAGUCUCAUUCAUCACUCGGAAUCCUAGGAAAUGCUCCUGCUCCCAGGAACCGGGACUCCCUGCUUCAGAAGCUCCAGAGUUGGGAGGCUCUGGGAUAAAGAAGAGGUUUGGCAAAAAGGUGGUGGGGUCCUCUCCCCGGCUGUACACAGAGGCACUACAGGAGAAGAUGCCACGAGGCCUCCUGGCCCAGAAGCUGCAGCAGUUCAAGCGCUUUGUGGAGAACUAUCGGCGCCAUAUUGUGUGCAUCACAGUUUUCUCAGCCAUCUGUGUGGGCCUGUUUGCAGAGCGUGCCUACUACUAUGCCUUUGCCUCACCACCCACGGACAUUGAAGAGACCACCUAUGUGGGCAUCAUCCUGUCACGAGGAACAGCAGCCAGCAUCUCCUUCAUGUAUUCCUACAUACUGCUAACUAUGUGUCGCAACCUCAUCACCUUCCUGAGAGAGACCUUCCUCAAUCGAUACGUGCCCUUUGAUGCUGCUGUGGACUUCCAUCGUUGGAUUGCCAUGGGUGCUGUUAUCCUGGCCAUUUUGCACAGUGCUGGCCACGCGCUCAAUAUCUACAUCUUCUCAAUCAGCCCUCUCAGCCUGAUGGCCUGUGUAUUCCCCAACGUCUUUGUGAAUGAUGGGUCUAAGCUUCCUCAGAAGUACUACUGGUGGUUCUUUGAGACAGUUCCAGGUAUGACAGGGGUCCUCCUGCUCCUGAUCCUGGCCAUCAUGUAUGUCUUCGCUUCUCACCACUUCCGCCACCGCAGCUUCCGGGGCUUCUGGCUGACCCACCACCUUUAUGUCCUGCUUUAUGCCCUGCUCAUCAUCCAUGGCAGCUACGCUCUGAUCCAGCUGCCCAGUUUCCACAUCUACUUCCUGGUCCCAGCAAUUAUCUAUGGGGGAGACAAGCUGGUGAGCCUGAGCCGGAAGAAGGUGGAGAUCAGCGUGGUGAAAGUGGAACUGCUGCCUUCAGGAGUGACCCAUUUGCAGUUUGAGCGGCCCCAGGACUUUGAGUACAAGUCAGGGCAGUGGGUGCGGAUUGCUUGCCUGGCUCUGGGGACCAAUGAAUACCACCCAUUCACGCUGACCUCUGCUCCCCAUGAGGACACACUCAGCCUGCACAUUCGGGCUGUGGGGCCCUGGACUACUCGCCUCAGGGAGAUCUACUCACCCCUGACAAGCCAAGGCUGUGCCAGAUACCCAAAGCUGUACCUGGAUGGACCAUUCGGAGAGGGCCACCAGGAGUGGCAUAAGUUUGAGGUGUCAGUACUAGUAGGAGGGGGCAUUGGGGUCACCCCCUUUGCCUCCAUCCUCAAAGACCUGAUCUUUAAAUCAGCCUUGGGCAACCAAAUGCUCUGUAAAAAGAUCUACUUCAUCUGGGUGACACGGACCCAGCGGCAGUUCGAGUGGCUGGCUGACAUCAUCAGGGAGGUAGAGGAGAAUGACUGCCAGGACCUGGUGUCUGUGCACAUCUACAUCACCCAGCUGGCUGAGAAGUUUGACCUCAGGACCACCAUGUUGUACAUCUGUGAGCGACACUUCCAGAAAGUGCUGAAUCGGAGUCUGUUCACGGGCCUGCGCUCUGUCACCCACUUUGGCCGCCCCCCCUUUGAGCCCUUCUUCAACUCCCUGCAAGAGGUCCACCCACAGGUGCACAAGAUUGGGGUGUUUAGCUGUGGCCCUCCUGGCAUGACCAAGAAUGUAGAGAAGGCCUGUCAGCUGGUCAACAGGCAGGACCGAGCCCACUUCAUGCACCACUAUGAGAACUUCUAA